AUGGAUUCAGACAUUAUCUUCAACCAAAGCACUGAAGACUCCACCACAUCCAUGACUGUCACUUUAAAUGACUGGGCUGAAAACUUUGAAAUUCCUUGGCACAGGAUGCCUCCUGGCAUUAGGACAGCAGAAGCACAAGAAAAGAGACCUUGCGCAAAGGACAGACGAGAAAUGAUCAGGAUUUUAGUGGAUGAAAUGAGGCUUUAUGAUGUCAACCCGUCAAAAUCUCAGUGCCUUACAGUAGCAAGAAGAGUAGUAAAAUCACACUGCAACUGCUUUGGGGACAUUUUAGAUGGAACUUGCAUUGGUAGUGGUUAUGGUUCCAUUUUAUCCCAAAUAAAGACAAGAGUUGAGCAUGUAAAUCGUGGAAAUACACAUUGCAGACGAAGAAAUAAAGUUCUCCCCAAGCCUGCCACUCUACCUCGAGGUUCAUCUGACCAAUAUGGUUGUGUCAGGUGGCAGCCCUAUUGUCCAUCAGGUGAAACAGAAAGCAGCCUUCAGCAGAAACAAACAGAGAUGAAAGAACUUUUCUGCACCCAGGGCCCUGCUGGAGAGGAAACUGCACACAUUCAACGUUUGAUGGAAGCAAUCUACUACCUCCAGCGCCAACACAUUAAUGCUGUCCCCACUUGCUCCAUUAGAGAGUAUAAACUUGAUUGGUCAUACCUUUUCAGUCCAAAGGGAUUAUACAACCACUUCCAACUACUCACUAACAUUAGCAUUUUGGAAAAAUUGGAGCAAGCCAUCGAGGGAAAGGGGAAGUUCAUUCUUCAAUUUUUGGACAACAAACCAACUGGUCCUCCUGGUGAAAUACAGAAGAUCCUGUGGAAGUACAAUGACCUUGACGGAUGUGAUCCCUGUCCAUGUGUCAUCCUGUUGCUCAUGGCUCACUUUAAAGAGAAACCCGAUGGAAUCUUUUGGCCAGUGGAUAUUUCAUCAACACCAGCUGACGUAGAAAGAACCCAGCUUCCCGACUCUCCAAGACUUGAAAUAUAUUUGCUAGGAGAUGUCCUCACAGCCAAAGAGUGAAUGCUCAGUAUUGAGGGUCAGGUGGUGGUGCCUACACAUGACAAUAUGGUUGUGGGAAUAGCAGCGUUAUUUGCCAGUUUCUACAACUUCAAUCUGGUAUAUCAGGAGCAAGCUGCAUGCACCUUGGAGUUCAUCCAAAGGUGA